GCUCCUCGGAGCCUAACUGCAUCCGAAAUAUGUACUUGGGCCGAGAAUCGGCCCCACAAGGUCGUCUUGGAAACCUAGAGACGCGUUUAGGGUGAGAAGAAAAGCUUCCGCGAUAGAUCGAUCGAACGAUCGAUCGAUAUUGCUGUCUCUGAUCGGACUCCACGAGGCCUCGAGGAGCCCGCCGCCCCGACCAAGCGAAACGAGGACAGGCUUCGCCCCCGUUCCCAGCGAUCCCAGCGUUGUCGCUGCCCUUCCGGAGCUCGAUCUCCGACAGAGAACCGCCCCACCGCUUCGCCGUGACAAGUAUAUAUUUUGCAGGUUACAAAGACUAAAUUGACAUCACCAUGGCAUUUGGGCAGAAUGCUACUGAUAAUUGCCUGCAAGAAGGGUCACAUGUUGCACUAAUAAAUGGUCUUCCAGAUGAAAUUUCAAUUCUUUGCUUGGCAAGGGUUCCUCGAAGGUACCAUCACAUCCUUAGAUGUGUUUCAAGGAAAUGGAGAGCUUUGUUAUGUAGUGAAGAGUGGCAUUAUCAUCGUCAAAAGAACAAUAUGGAGGAGACUUGGAUUUAUGUCAUGUGCAGAGCAAACUUGAAAGGAAAUCUUUGUUAUGUGCUAGAUCCAGAUCCUGCUAACCGAAGUUGGAAACUCAUUCAACCUAUACCCAGUCCAUGUUUAAAGAAAGAUGGAAUGUCUGUUGAAGCUUUAGGAAAGAAGUUGUAUCUGUUAGGUGGUUGUACCUGGCAAGAAGAUGCUACGGAUGAAGUAUAUUGCUAUGAUGCUUCUGCAAAUAAGUGGGAUGUGGCAUCUUCAAUGCCAACAGCUAGGUGCUUUUUUGUGUCAGCAUCUCUGGAUGACAAGCUCUACAUUAGCAGCGGGCUUGGUCUGCGUUCAACUGCUCCAAAUUCAUGGGACAUCUACCACUCAGAUUCAGACAGCUGGAUUUCACACAAAAAUCCUCUGCAUAACCAUGAUGUCAUAAAACUCAUUGCUUUAGAAGGGAAAUUGUGUACUAUCCACAAGUCGUGGGACGGCUUUUCUUAUGCUGGGAUAUAUGAUCCUGCAUCUGCAACCUGGCAGGGUAUAGACAAUGAAAUUGCACUAUCUACUUAUGGACCUACAGUUGUUGUGGAUGGGGUACUUUACAUGUUGCACGAAUCAUCAGGGAUGCGGCUGCUGAAGUGGCAGGAAGAGAGAAAGGAAUGGGUUGCAAUUGGUAGGUUGUCUUCCCACCUCACAAGACCACCGUGUCACCUUGUGGCCAUUGGAAGAAGUAUUUAUGUGAUCGGGCAACGUCUGAGCACCGUGGUCAUUGAUGUGGAUGAAGCAGCUAAGGUUGAAGGGCUGAUGGUCAGUUCUUCUUUCAGUCCUAGAUUUGAAUGUGACCACACUGUUAUUAGCUGCAACACAAUUACCAUCUGAAUGAAUCCAGCCACAACAACUGCAGUUUAUCGGGUCUGGCAGAUCAUAGUUUCCAAAUUAUUAAUGCAGGUAUUGCAUUUGCCCAAGAGAACAUGAUUAUUGUUUUCUGUCAGCAUACAUUUCUAAACUCUUGGAUAUCAAUAAUCAUGUUCGGAGGUAUUUCUUAAUUUGAGCUCAAUGAUUGUUGUUAAGGUAAUAAGGUUGAGCAAUGUUCAUGUGAAUGUAAAUAUGUUUUGUCAGUCAGGCAUAAUUGUGAUCAUUGAAUCAUAUUCUAUGAUAAGAUUGAGCCUUAUACUCC